AUGCAGGAGUAUUUCGUUAUAAGAGGUACUCCGACCAAAGCAUCCAACCCUGAAUCAGUCGGGUACGACGUCUACGACCUGUACGACCUGGGCGAGUGCGAGUUUGACCAGCAAAAGUCGACCCGUACGCACUGGGGCGUGAAAGAAGAGCUCAUCUCGCUCAUCGCGGACGCGCAGGAGAAGAACCUCGUUUGCUACGUCGAUUCGGUCUUGAACCACCGGGAUAGGACGGAGGAGUUUGGAGUGUUGGGGGUGGAUCAGAAAGAUAGGAGGAAGGGGAUUAGCGGGCUGUAUGACAUUGAGGGAUGGACUGGAUUUGACUUUCCUGGUCGGCAUGAUCAAUACUCCGAGAUGCAUUUCAAUUUCAAUCACUUCACCAGGGUAGACUAUGAUCAAGGGUAUAUUUAA